AUGCAGGAGCAGACAAUGCCUAGGAGCAAUGCUUAUCUUUCAGCUACGAUCUCUGAAUCGGAGUCGGGGCUAGUGGAGUUGGGAACUAUGCCGCCUGAAGGCCAGGUAGUUGGCGAGUUGGCGGUUGGUAGUGUUAUUUCGGUCAUGAUUAGUGGUCAAAAAGAAGAGAUUGCGGAGAUUUUUCGCUGUUGUCCGAAUAGGGAAUGCUCGGUGCAUAGUCCGGUGGGACAUCGAUUGGCGCUGUAUUCGAACGCUCUUUUUUGUCUAACCCAUCAUAAUCCUGGGGUUAGUGUAUCGGGGUUUAAGGCUAUUUGUGCAUUUGAACGAAGUAUUUUGGCGUUGGUGGCCAAAAAAGAUAAGAUACCAUUGCAUUUCACAAACUUUGAUCUUUAUUGCGAGCAGGAGAUCGAAUCUUUGUCUCUAGCAGUAUUUAAUCAUUUGAUGAAGCGCAACGCUAGCGUGGCUUUGGAUGAAGAAGUCUUCGCGGAAAUCUUAGACUUGCUCUACUUGCGUAAGGAGUUUGAAAGGUUCUUUAUUGUCUACAAUCUCAAGGGAAAACAUACUCUUAAAACCUUCAAGUUGGCUUUGCUGGCUUCCCUGCACAAACAAGGCCGGACGCCGCAAUGGGUCUUUGGCCGGCUGCUGGAGUAUCUGCGCUUGGAACCGGCUGCGACUUUGCCCAUUGGUGGCGAGCAGCUGCCCGAUAUUGCUACGAUUGAAGAGACCAGAGAUGCCGCGGGACUGCCGGCUAAAACGCGCUUGGAAAUAUAUGCCGGCAUGCGUGCCUGGUUCAACAGGGAGUACAAGGAGCACCACUGGCAAGUAUCCAUGCGCACCUGGCAGGAAAGCCGCAAAACUGAGGGGUCCUCUGAAGCAAUGCUAAGUCUCUGCAUGAAACUCCGGAAGUAUGAUGAAGGCUGGCAGAUUUAUCGCGAGUCAAUUGCCGAUGGUUUGUCUGACCUGCGCAUGGUCCGGCUUUCAGCACGAGUCAUUCACUUGAUGAUUUGCGCGGUAAAUGCUCGGGCCGUGGAUAAUUGGACCGAACGCAUUGUUGAGGUCUGUAGUGUGGUUAGCCGACUGGAUAUUGAUGAGAUGGAGAGGAUUCAAAAUACUUUCUCGAUUCUCUUGCAUUUAGAGAGGUACGAUAACAUCUCCUACAUUGCCAGCCAAGUGAUUCGUCAAUAUCCUGAGAAGCUAAUGAAUAGCACGACUUACUGUCUGAUCAUCAAGAACACUAUCCAAGUCACGACCCAGUACCAAAAGGAAAUGCUACAAGAGAUAAAUCGGGGCCAAACUCCAGACAUCAUCAAAGGAGCGAUCUUUCUCUAUGAAGUUUGGAAGCGCAGCAGUGCCCGUGGAGUUUUUUCAACGCUGUUUGUCGGCCGCUCCGCUGCGUGCAUUGAGGCGUACGCCAUGACUUUAAAACUGGCCGUGCUCCUACGGUCUAAACAGACAGUUUAUAAGGUCUGCUUGGACAUAUGGAAUAGUGGCGUUUCUCUCUCUCAGUCCAUGGUAGAAACUCUCGGCAACCUGCAUCAAGAGCAAGGAUGUAAUUGCACUACGUAUGGAUCAGAAACAGCUAUUUAUUCCAGGGGCUAUUUAACCCACGUAUUAUCUUUACUAACACCAAACCAAUAA